AUGUAUUCACCAUUAGAAAUUUUGGAUGAUCUGGAAAUUGGAGCAAUUGGAAAUCAGGACACUGAAAUACGAGGGAGCGUUGAAGUUGCAUUUGUUUCUUUCAGGCUUUACAAUCUAGCUGCCAACUUCAGUCGAGAACUGGCUGAUUACAUAAUCUACAUGAUUGAUGUGUCGGCUGGCGAUAAAAUUCCACGGAAAGGAGGCCCAGGCAUUACCCAAGCUGACCUCCUUGUGAAUAAUAAAACUGACCUAGCAGAAGCAGUUGGAGCUGAUUUAUCUGUCAUGGAACGUGAUGCAUUGCGAAUGCGGGAUGGUGGUCCAUUUGUCUUUGCUCAGGUCAAGCAUGGUGUUGGAGUAGAGGAGAUAGUGAACAACAUCCUGCCAUCUUGGGAAGCAGCAACCGGGAAGAAGCGCCACUGA